AUGGCGUGCAUGGUGUGUGGCAUCUCAAAAGCCAUAAUUGUCCGCCCAAGGGGCAAGAACAAGGUCUGUAAGACAUGCUUCCUUGAUGGAUUCGAAGCGGAUGUCCACGAGACAAUAGUUGCUUCUGGGAUGUUCCAAAAGGGAGAUAGGAUUGGGAUUGGGGUAAGCGGAGGAAAGGACAGCACGGUACUAGCUUACGUGCUGGAUCUGCUGAACAGGAAGCAUGGGUAUGGGGUGGAGCUUGUGCUGCUGAGUGUUGACGAGGGGAUAGUGGGGUACAGAGACCAGUCGAUUGAGUCUGUCUGCAGGAACAGCAAAGAUCUUGGGAUAAAGCUCAGGAUAGUGUCGUUUGAGGACGUGUUUGGGGUGACGAUGGAUAGGGUUGUCCAGAAGAUCGGAAGAAGGAGUAACUGCACAUACUGUGGAGUGUUCCGCAGGCAGGCCCUGGAGAAAGCAGCGAGAGAGAUGGGGGUCGAUGCAAUAGCAACAGGACACAAUGCGGACGAUAUGGCAGAGACUGUUCUGCUCAAUGUUCUCCGAGGAGACAUUUCCAGGCUCAGGAGAUGCACCCUCGCAAAGACAAAGGAGCAGAAAGGUGGAGACGGGAAAGCGAUGUCCCUUUCCAGGCUGAAGCCAUUCAAGAACAUAUACCAAAAGGAGAUAGUACUCUACGCCUUCCACAGAAAGCUGGAGUAUUUCUCGACCGAGUGUACCUACUCUCCAGGAGCAUCAAGAGGAGACCUCAGGAUGCUAAUAAAACAACUGGAAAAAGAGGAUCCUGGGAUAAUAAUGGAUGUGAUAAGAAGUGGGGACAUGCUUCGACAGGAAGAAUGCAUGGGCAGGGCACCCAGGCCGUGCGUCCUAUGUGCCCAUUCAACAUCUUCGGAUAACGGUAUAUGCAACGGGUGUGUGCUAGUGGAGAAGCUGGAGCAGUGCAGAGUGGAAGAUCACUGA